CGCCCGCGCCCAUUUUGCCCGCCCGCUCGCCGUAGAGAGCCGUGCGCGGCCUACACGCAGCGGGGACAGCCCUUUAAGGCGGCCUCGCCGCGCGCGCCGGCCUCCUCAGCCCGGGGGACGCUCGUUGAAUUUGGGUCCUAAGACAGUUCAGGUUUUAUUUUAUUUCGCUUCGCUUCGCUUCCAAGUUACGGCCCCGAAUCUCGUACCACUGUCCCCGGAGCACUUCCGGUUGCGGGCCCUCGCCUCCUAACUUCGGUUCGGGUGACCUCGGCCCGCCCCCGGCUCACGUCCCGAUCCUGCCUUGAGUGGCCCAGGGCGGGGGACCUGGAAGUUUUAGCCUCCCGGCUCCUGAGGCGGACUAAGUAGCCCAAGAAACAUUAUAUUCAUUUUUCUGGAUAUGCCGCAGAAGGAUCCGUGCCAGAAACAAGCCUGUGAAAUACAGAAAUGUUUACAAGCCAACAACUACAUGGAGUCUAAGUGUCAGGCUGUCGUCCAAGAGCUGCGGAAGUGCUGUGCUCGAUAUGCUAAAGGAAGAUCUCUGGUCUGCUCGGGAUUUGAAAAGGAGGAGGAAGACAAGCGACCACUGAAGCGCACAGCAACGUCGACUUCUGCUGACAAGUCCGAUGCUGCACCGAGCUCCCAGCGAGCGGCUCUGUCGUCCCGCUUCUUCGGGCCAGGGCGCGGCAACUAGCAAAUGCAACAGUCAGCUAUGCAAGUUCAUGAAUAUGCCAUCUAUGCAGAACGGGUAGAAAUACAAAUCUGUUACAUAUGUAGAAUGUAAUGAAACCGAGCUGCUGAAAUAAAGCUAUUAAGUGAAACAUUUU